CUACGCCUCGGCCGCUGCGGGCAUUCUUGACAUCACCGGGGAACACUUUGUGGAGCGCGUUCCGUUCAACGAACAAAUCACAAAUUUUGCGAAUACAAUAGACGCACUAUCGGGCAACUUAAGCGCGGAUGUGGUGAAAGCGGACAUACCGAAUUGCAUCAUGUUUGUGGGGAUGGGUAGCAACGACUACCUCAACAACUACUUUCUCCCUGGUUACCCAACAAGUAUGAUGUACAAUGCUCAACAAUUUGCUGAUCUUCUGAUUCAGCAAUACACCCAGCAACUCACUAGACUGUACAGCCUUGGAGCAAGGAAAUUUGUACUGGGUGGGGUUGGACAGAUGGGAUGCAUCCCAACAAUGCUGGCCAGAACUGAAAAUGGGCAGUGCUUAGAUGAAGUGAACCAAGCAGUUGCCCCAUUCAAUGCCAACAUGAAGCAGAUGAUCGACAACUUCAAGUCCACUCUUCCCGACGCCAAGUUUGUCUUUCUAGACACCCAAAACAUGUUCCGAAACAUCAUCGCCAACUCCAAAACAUACGGGUUUAGUGUGAUCGAUCGCGGUUGUUGUGGAGUUGGGAAGAUGAAUGGGGAAGUGACAUGUCUUCCAUAUGAACAGCCAUGUGAUGACAGAGAACAGUACAUAUUUUGGGAUGCAUAUCACCCCACAUCUGCUGUCAACAUAAUACUUGGCAAGAUGUCUUUCAAUGGAGGCCCUGAUGUUGUGUACCCCAUGAACAUUCAGCAGCUUGCCCAGACUCAACAGCUGGCUCAUAUUAGAAUGCUUAAUGUCAUUUUAAAGUUUCAACAGAUUAUCCCUGAUCUCAUAAAUCUGUUUGUGGAUAUCCUUGAACUUUGAUUUGUGGAUCUUUUUUAGUGGUUAUUUAAUGUUCUUAAGAUUUUAAAUUAACUGAAACAUAUAUUUUUGAGUUUUGUCAUCCCUCCAAUAUUGAUUAAGGGGCUGUUUGGCAACUUCUGAAUGGGUAAGUGCUGAACCAGUAAGAGGUCUGAAUCAUUAAGUGCUGAACAAGUAAGAGAUCUGAACCAUUAAGAGCUAGUAUAUUGCUUAACUAUUCAGAGGCAAAUGUCUGAUCAAUUCAGAUAACAGCUCUUAACCAUUCAGACUCUGUAUAAUACUUAACCAUUCAGAGGCAAAUCUCUUAACCAUUCAGACAUCUGAACCAUUAAGAGGCUGAAACAAACAGUCUGAACCAUU